UUGGCCGAUUUCAGUUCAUUAAUCUUAUGUCCUGGCAUAACAUAACUGAACUGGAAAUGUAAUGCCGGUGCUGAAGCCUAGAAUUCAGUAUGAGGAUAAUUCCGUAUUUUCUUUAGACAGCUAUCCCACGAUGCACAUAUCUGUAAAUACGACUGACCAGUCUUUCUCAGGCGAUCCAGAGGGAGUUGACACGAUGCUGGAAAUCUCCAUAUUAAAGAUCCAGGAUCCUGGGUGCUUUUGGGGCCGGAUUGUAAAAGGAGAUGGGCUGAAGGUUUCGAGCCCCAGAGAAUAUGAGGACCUGCAUGUCAGAAUGAACCUUUUCUAUCACGACGUCAACCUGGAUGUCCAGAAGAUUAGGCCUCCGUCCCUGGCAGAGCGACAGGUCUGUGUGGUCUACUCUCCCGCCCUGAGGUGUUGGUGUAGAGCGGUUGUUGAGGCGAUCUUAGGAACGGUUGGCUCCCAGGUCAUGUGCUUUCUGGUGGACCAUGCCGAACACAUCCUUGUAAGCCCAGACAGUGUCAGAGCUCCGUUGGAGAAGUUUCUGAUGCUGCCCUUCUGGGUGAGGCAGUUCCAGCUCGCGGGCAUCCGCCCCAUGAGGCUGCUGGUGCCCGUCUACCAGGAGAAGGCCAAGCUUGUGCCUUCAACCCACUGGGACAGUUCUGCUACACGGUACUUGCACAGCCUUGUACAAGCUUCCUCUGUGCUCGAGGCCGUGUUGUGUGAAGUGCUGGGGGACACGACGGCCGUCGAGCUUUACUUAACCGUCAGGAACGUAAAGGUCUGUGUGAAUGACGACUUGGUGGCAAAGAAGUUUGCGUGCUUCUCGAGCAAUAAAUCUGGAUCCAGCCCUCACGACUGCCCGGAUGAUCCCUCCCCCAUCAUGCUGUCCUGUGACAUCUUCUCCAACGGCAACGACUUCCUGACACAAAAUGGCCUCCUGACACAAAAUGGCUGCCUGUCGCGGGCGCUGUGCUCCAGCAUCUCUCCAAGGAAGGACCUCCUGAACGGUGCCCCAGAGGCGAGUCGGACGGUGGUUGGUGGUUUACAGAGGGGCACAGAGGUGCAGUGCCGGGGAACUUCAGAGCCCAGACCUCAGUGCUCUGAAAAGGAUGCAGGGGAUCUAGCACGGUGUGCCGUGGGUGGAGGUGCUGGGAGUGAUGGAGACGUGGCUGAGACCGAUUCUGACAGCAGCGAGAAACCGUUGGCUGGAGCUUCUUCAGAUGGCGGCCAGGUUGAUGGGAGUUACCGUACACUGGAAACUGAAACGCAGGGGCCCUUGGCAGAUGAAUUGCUCAAUAAGCUUAACUUGUUCAGGUUCAUGAAGCUCUUGAAUCCAGUCACUAAACGUGAGAUGGCAAAACCUCAGACCGUCCGGGAGGAGAAGACCGAGGUGGACAGCGUGAAGGACAUUCCGGAAGAAGACGCCGAGGUCCAGGAGAUCAGCCCAGCUCCGAGCCCUGAGGGCGUCUCUGUCUCAGCGCCCCCACCUGACCAAGUGUGGUAUGAUUACUUGACCCGCAGAGACCAGCUCUGCACUGUGGUUACUAUCGCUUCUGAAGAAGAAGAGGAGGAGGAGGAGGAGGAGGAGGUGGAGGAGGCCGCCACAGCCUCCACAGAACAGCCGAGUCUUCAAGAGGAGCUGGACUGUACAAGGUUGUUGCAGUUGCUAAAUCCGGACCCUUUGAACCCAGAUCCGGAAUGCUUGGACAGCGCGGCUGGAGCAGAGACUCCGUGUGAGCCGAGCAGGAGUGGGAUUUUAUUGCAUUCUGCCAUUGAGAUUGACCCCUGCACUAGCCUGGCCCGUUCUCCCAUCACUGAUAACAUCAGAAAGGCUCUGCUGAGGAAGGGCUUCUCUGGGCCGCGUGUGGGUGAGCGGUUCUGCUGGCCGGCGGUGGCGAGGGGCUCUGACACCCUGCUGAUCUCCGGCUGCGGGGCGGACCCCCUCUCCUACGUCCCCCCGCUCCUGUCCCACCUGCACCUGUCUGCCUGCAGCACCCUCACCUCCCGCACCGGGCCCGUGGCGGUGAUCCUGUGCCACGGCUGGGAGAAGGCCCAGCGCGUGUUCGACCUCCUGGAGGAUAUCCCCGCUGCCGAGGCCCUCCACCCCAUGAUCGUCCUGGUGGGGGAGAAGGACGAGGCCAAGAGUGUCAAAAUACAGAGGAACUGCCAGGUGCUGGUCACCACGCCCUGCAGCCUGGCGCGUCUGCUGGGCUUCCACUGCUUCCUGUUCCUGCGGCUGUGCCACCUGGUGCUGGACGAGGUGGAGCUGCUGUUCUCCAAAGCCCCGGAGGAGAUGGCCGUGGCCCUGCAGCACUUCCAGAAGGCGGCGGCGGGGGAGGAGAGGGGCUCCUGCUGCAGGCAGGUCGUGGCGGUGGGCCGGCAGUGGAGCCGGGCGGCGGAGGGGCUGGUGAGGCAGACCAUGAGCGACCCCACCAUCAUCAUCACCGUCAUGGAGGAGGCUGCCCUCUACGGCGGGGUGCACCAGAUGGUCCUGCUGUGUCUGGACUGCACCAAGGUCUCCGUGCUGCUCGGAACCCUGGACUUCACUCCCGAAGUCUCCCAGAAGACCCUGAUUAUCACCAACACUGUGGAGGAAGUGGAGCACGUCUUUCAGGCUGUCAACAACACCGCAGCCUUCUGCCUGAAGGUUCACGAGGGCCUGACCUACCAGUUCGACUUCGUCAUCGAGCAGUGGAGGAAACCAAUCGGGCCUGGGACGCACGUCAUUCUAGUCAUGACGAACGCAUGUCUGAAGCCCCUCGCCAUCAGGGACGCCACGGUGGUGGUGCACUAUGGGUUCCCCGACUCCCCCAGACUGUUCGGGAGUCGGCUCUGCUGCCUGUCCCAGAACUUUCAGAACCUCUCCGACAAGGAUGGUGAGCAGCCGCCCCGCACGGCGAAGUCGGUGCUCCUGCUGUCGGAGAGAGACGCCCGGCACGUUAUCGGAGUGCUGAGCUACCUGGAGCGCGCGGAGGCCCUGCUCCCCCCAGAGCUCCGACACUUCGCCCAGGGCGUCCUACAGGCCAAGGAGGCGCAGAAGACCCACAGGCCCCUCUGCAGCUACCUCAAGAGCUUUGGGUCCUGCAGGGACAGCAGAACCUGCCCCGACCGGCACCGCCUGGACCCCCGGCGGGACGCCCCUCAGCACCCCGAGUCUGGGAACGUCGUGGUCGUGCCCUUGUACAUAAAGAAUGCCUCCUGUUACUACGGACGCAUUGUGAGCAGGAAAGAGGGCUCGUACGAAAGUCUGGCGGCAGAGAUGGUGGAGUACUACGCCACCGAGAAGUUCAACGCCAAGGAGGUGGUCGAAGGAGGGAUCUAUGGGAUACUGGAGGAUGGCGUCUAUCACAGGGUCCGGGUUCUGGCCAUGCCGGAUAAAGGCGAGCGGCUCUUCUGCAGCGUGAGCGUGUGCUUCCUGGACGAGGGGCGUGAACAGGAAGUGAAGGCCCACCAGCUGCUGACGCUGCCCGGCCGUCUGCACAGCCUGCCGCCCCAGGCCCUGGAGAUCGUCGUGUGCCGGGCCAAGCCCAUCGACGGGGAGGUGGACUGGAACCCGAAGGUCAACCGCUGCAUCAGCCAGAAGAUUAAAGGGGUGGAGCAUCAUGCCAAAAUAGUUCUGAGCUUGGGCAACACCGUCUGGUUGGAUCCAAUGGUUCGAAUCACUCGUCUGCCCGGUCUGAAGACCUCCAUAAAUGAGUACAACGUGCGCUCUGAGAUCCUGGCCACUGGGAUGGGCUGCACUAACCCAGAACAUCUGGAGCUCCUGAGGGCGCUGUGGCAGGAGGCAUCUGCCUCUGCUUCCCCUGGUGCUGGAGAGCCCAGCCCCAACAUGCAGUGGGAGGGCCCAGAAGCAGCCCAGGAGAGCAGGCUGGAGAGCACUGCGGAGGCCCUGGCAGACGGUCUGCAGUCAGGCCGAGAGGAGCUGGACGAACACCCUACUGAGAGCCCUCCUGGGGGCCCGGCACCUCCGCUGGACAGUGGGCCCCCGGCCCCCCUGGGGGCCUCUGCGACCAGGUCAGGGUCGGCACUGUGUCUGGGUGUUUCUGUGCAGAACGGGCCCCGUGCUGUCAUUUUGGGGGCCCUGGAGUGUGAGCCGGGGCCCCCUGCCGUCACCUCCCUGGAGAGUGGGGUGCAAGAGAAGGGGUUAACAGCAGGGCCGUCCUGCAGCUCCAAAGCGCCCCCUGCAGGCCGUCCAGAAGAGGAGCGGCUCACCCAGACCACACAUUUCCACCCACACAUCAAGUGGUAUGAGAGGGAAGACUCUGUCAUGCUGAACAUAAAACUCCUGAACCCCACUGAGCAGAAGUGUGAAUUCUCCUCUGAUAGAGUGCUGUACAGCGCCCGUGUCGGCGGCCGGCGUUACCGUGCCGACCUGCCGCUGAGCGGACGCAUCGUGGCCGGCGCGUGCUCCUGGGAGGUGAGGGGCAGUGAGCCCGUGGUGCGGAUGGUGAAGGAGCGGAACGGGGCCUGGAACACGCUGCUCACACAGAAGAGCCCCUUCGUCACCUUUGACUUUGACCACUUUGAGGGGGACGAACCAGCCGUGGAGAACAUGGCUUCUGAAACUAAACCUUUCCCAGUUGGUGAAAAGGGUCGCUGCUUUGUGGAGUCCACUGGAGAAGACGGCUGCUAUGUGAGAUCAGACUGUGACAGUGAAACUGACAGUGACUGAAUGGUAAAACCUCACCUUUUCAGACGUCUUGAAGCAUUUCUUUUUGUUUUUUU